AUGUUCGAUCUAGAGAUUCAAUAUCUCGUCUAAUGUUCACUCCCAAGCCAAACAAGGUUAUAUGUUCUCCAACUAAAACGCUUUGUUGAUGGAGAGACUCUUUAUAUUUAGAAUCUAUAAUAUCAAUAAGAAGUCAAUGUAUUGCAAAUCCAGAAUAUUUAAUUAAGAACAAUACCUUAAUAAUUAGAGGUAAUUUAUAUGUAUUUUGAACUUUUUAGAAUCAUAUUUAAUAGAUAGUGAAAGUUGAUGGAUUUCAAUUACAUACAUAUCCAUUAGGAUUAACUACUGCAAAUUAAGAAGGAAGUAUAGUGUCAAUGUUGAAAGCAAAGAUUUGA